CAUAUACAGAUAUACAGACACAUUGUACUUCCUACAUGAUGUCCAGUUCCUGCUGUACAUCUUCUAGGGAGCAUUGCUGAAAACAACAAUAUGAGUUCUUAUUCUCUUCUUUUUACUCUCACAUGCAUUGGUGUAUGUUUCAUCCUUCCAUCUGCAGCACAAAGAGUUAAUGCUUGGAGUGACGUUAUCGUGGUGGAAGAUGGUGCAGCCGUCACCCUGCUCUGCCCUGAGGAACCCUUUGUAACCCUAAGGCAGGUCGAAUGGUUGGUGAUGCCAGCUUUGGAGAAACUAUGGACGAUGCUGUUUUCAGUGAACGUCAUCAAAGAAAGUGUGAACAGCAAGCAAACAUACCGUCAAGCAGGCAGGACUCUGCUGAUAUCGAACCACAAUUCCAUCUCUUUGCAGUUUACUGCUACGAUGGAAAGCGGAGGACUCUACAAUUGCCUGCUAGAGAAGGAUGACAAGAAGAUCAAAGAAAAAAUUGUUCUUCUGGCUGUUAUUAAAUUGACCUUAGCCCCAGCUCCUGUCAUCUACUUUCGUAAUACAGCGAGGCUAAAAGCUGAAGUCUCUCCCUCCUACGCCGUAGUGGGUGGGACAUGGGUCUCACACACCGGUUCUCCGUUAUUUACCAUCGUGUCCUCGCCAGGCACCCUGAUCACCAAACUGCCCCUUGUCACCAAAAAAGACAGCGGCACGUACACCUGCAACAUCACUGUGGACGGACGAGGCAGGAACCCUGUCUACAGCUACACACUCAGGUUGACGGUGAAUGAGAAGCAAGCGGCAAUUUUCCCAAAUAUUACAUAUGGACAUUUGAUCAGUCUGGCAGCUCUGUCUCGCUCAUCCGUCACGCUCCCAUGUGCCGCCUUCAAUGGCGACUACGUCCUGCUCUACUGGUGGCGUCCGGACUUACCGCGCUCAAACCCACAGCUGAUCUUCCAGUUUGACCGCUGGAGAAAUUACGGGGAUCAGCCUAACCACUACCUCCAGUUGCACAAUCAUUACGGCGUGCGUUCGGGAAACUUCUCUUUCCUCCUGAAGCCGGAGCUGAAAGACGCAGGACGCUAUCAGUGUGAAGUCUUCGUUGAUGACCAGGUUUUCGCCCAGCUCACGAUGCUGACUGUGUUAAAGGGCAGUAGCACAUACUCUUCAUCCUCUGUGGAACUGACCUGUGAGUAUUCCGAGCGUUCUCAGGUCGAUUCUGUGAAAUGGACGCACGUCCGGAAGCCUCAACGCCAGCUAGCAAUAAAUGCGGUUCUGGGUCGGAUUUCCAUCUCAAUCGACCUCCCAUUAACCCAGUACACGGCUGGCCAGUAUGCCUGCACUCUAAUACUAAUAGACGGCCCAACAGUUGAAUACCGGUACACUCCCACAAUGCCUACUGCAGAGACGCCUUGUUGUGUGAGCAAGCUGCCUGAUGAAUUAACCACCCGCUCUGCCGUCUCUUUGCUGCAGCCUACUGAUGGCAACAGUACACCCGAGCCGUCCGUCCUCCUGCCAUCUCUCUCUCUCCUCCUCUUUUUGGUACCCAUGAUUGCCGUUGCUGUCGGAGUGUUGCUAUGGAGACGAGGACCUUGUACCUUCCCUCAGAAUGUGGAGCGCACUCUGUCUCACUACUCUGGAGAAGUCGAGAACAUCUAUGAAAAUCCUGAGGAUGUGAGACAGUCACCUUCACCAAAUGCUGUGUAUAUGGAUCUAAAAUUCACGGGCGAGACGGACAUUUAUAGGGAAUUGGACAGGUGAGAGAAGAUGGACGAUCCGACCAGUGUUGUGGUUCAGAAAGCGCAUUUGGAUGAAUUUACAGUAUGGAGCCGAUUGAGCUCUCAUGUAACCUGAAGACCUGUACAUAAAACACAAUAUCUCAUAAUUACAGGCUUUUUGAACUUUAUUACCAGUGUUCUGCCUUCUGCAUCACUAUAAUAAAGACCACUAGUGUACGGUG